AUGGCGACUGAUCAAAAUGUCCUGAUUCCAGUCAAGCUCGAUGCCUUUGUCUUCAAUGACCAGGUCUGUGCCGGAGGGCCAGGCAAGGCCAAGAUCGCGCCCAUCACUCAGCCCAACUAUACCUUCCUCCGCCUCGACACGGCCUAUCUGCAAUCCGAUAUCAUAUACGAUGUCGACAUCCACAAUGCCACUGGUGCGGACUCCAACGCUCGAAUAACCGAUCUUGGAUCUGGCAAACGUCGUGCAAAUCGUCGCGGUGUCUACCUCCACUGGACUCUUCCGCGAAUUUAUCGCAGCGGAACAGCUACAACCAACGACGGGGACAAAGCCAGUCAGUCCCUUCCCAAGUUCCCAGAGGUGCCUGUUCGGUGGAUGAUUGUGCGGUACAUCGACGAUAUGUCCAAGGUGGAACCCCCUGCCGCCAGAACAAGCCUACAGCCAGUAACGGCAUGGAUUGUGGAAAGUAAUCGCUGCAGGACGCUAGACGGGCCCCGAGACAGUUAUGGGAAACCCACAGAUCCCAUCAACCUGCUCCCCAGCAAUGCAGAUCUCCAGGUAGACGUGUCCCCUUUUGUGGAUGCGUCUUCAAGCUCAGGAGACCGCAGUAUCCUGGACAAGCAAGCUGAAAUCUUCAUUGGAGACAAGACUAGUUCGACGGACUGGACGGAGACGGAAACAGACGACGCCAAUAGCAACACAGUCGAUCCUGGCACGAAAGCCGCUAUCGACCCGAAAUCAAGGAUCGAUCUUCGCUUGAUGGGAUCUUCAAAUGAGCUAUUUCCGGACUACCAGCUCCAUUGCUCGAAUGUGUUUUCCAUUGUGGACAACUUCUUCUGCGGCAAAGACGCGCAUGGUGAAGAUCAGUUCGCCACGUCGGUGCGAGCUCAUUACUCCGUCAUAGGCUGGUACACCAAAUCUGCCAGCGAUGUUAUUCAGGUUGCUGAAAAGCCAGGUGACAUUAAACAAGGGGAUGACCAGCCAAAAGCCAAAUACCAGACUCGUGAGGAGCGACUCAAUGAACUCAAUAUCAAGAUCAAAGGAUUCCAGGACGAAAUCGAGCCCAUGCCCAAGUAUCCUCGAGAAAUUACCGACUGGUUCUCUCGAAGCACAGGGGAUGACAAGACACUUACACGCAGCAUCUGUCACGGCGCCAUGUACAACGUCCAGUGGGAUCUCGCUACAGCACCAAAGAAUGUCGCGGCAGACAAAUUUGCCAAGUUGCUUUCAGAGAAGCAACCGAUUGCUGUCGGUACGACCCCCCUCGACGCGGUCAUGGCUUAUGCAGGUGCGCAUGAACGGAUUAACGGCAAGGAGACUGGAAGGAUAGAGGCGGCACUGAAGCGACUCGAGGCAAUCCUCUUGAGUCGAGACGAUGGUGUCGAAGCCCACGUUCAAGCCGCUGACAUGAUGUAUAAUUGGAACUACUUGAGGUUUGAUGGAGGCGACAUGUACCAUGCCGCUGCAAGCGGUGAUCAGUCGCAGGGCGAAGGCGGAAAGACGACACUACCGGCAGACAAGAAGCUCAACUUGCUAGAAUUGAAUCGCCUAUGCCGUCUGAGGGAUGCAGCAAAGAGACAACUGAAACAGCAACAAGCUGCGGCUUUUUCGAACUGGUGGCUCGCAGUUACCAAUGCUCAAAAAGAUAGUGAGAUCAAAGCAAAAGUGGACAAGAUUCAGAGAAGAGUCGACGCGUUGAAGGGAACCAUUACGGCCUGCCAGAUUCGGAUUGACAAAUUGACCGGCACAGCUUCAGGUGAUGCGUCUCCUGACCCGAACAAGGUCAACGAUUUUGAACCGGGAGUCUAUGAUCCUUACAAACAGCAACGCGACCCUACUCUGCUUGUCGGCGGAAUACAAUCUGGCUGGGAGGUGGAUUAUCUCCUUGCUUUACUCGUGCGCCUCGACUGCCAGAUUGUCGAACCAGACGGCCAAGACGACGACAACUGGAAGGCCUUUUUUCGAACCUUCGUGGAUGUCAAGCUCCAAUCCUGGAUGAGGGUCUCGGUCAAGGCUCUGCUCCGGGAGUUUGUCUCGAUGCGACUACGACGGAAGGAUGAAGACAACGGCCAUCCCAAACAACCCAGCAUGCUUAUUGAGCGUGGGCUCCUCAGACCCGUCGAAUAUCGCCCGUUCGGUAACGGUGAUCCUCACGCUGAGCCACCACCUCGACCAGUGUUGAAAGCUGAGAUUCCUCUGUACCACGAUAAGUUGGGCCGUGGUCUUGAUAAUGAGCCCCUGUGGCGCGAUCUCUGGAACGAUACUCAACCGUGGUUCCCACUCUUCCUGGAAUGGGAGGUCGAGUACACCCACAUUGGACUGGACGAUUGGAGGUUGACGGAGUCAAAGUGGUGGCAGAGCGAGGGAGCGAAACUACAUUAUAACAUCCACGGAAAGCUGGAUUUGGCACGAAAGUACGACAAAACGCUGGACAAACGUGCGUUUUCAGGUAGGGUUUUGAUCCUCCCUCAGCCGAGUUUCAGUCUCGAGACGAAGAUUACGCAGCUCCUGGCCGAUACACUGCCGUCGGAGCUGGAAGAGUACCUCCCGAAAGAGGAACGGGAAUAUCUCGUUCAACAUCUGAAAGAUCUUCGUUAUCUUUCCGCGCCUUUGGGGGGCUUCAACGGCCAUUUGCAAACCACAGAUGCAGGCAAUCACGUCAAGCCCUCGAUUCGAGACCCAGUCAAGGGUACCCUCACAUUCAUGGCCGAGGCCAGACGUGUUGACGCUGGAUUUGACGAACUAAAGAUGCCCGUCAUGGAGCUGGAAACGGACGUGACCCCUUACGGUACUGCGAGAAAGCCUCUUGGAGGUAAAGAUCCUCCAUCCUCAUUCAAACCGGUGGUUCAUGGACAAUUCAAAUUGACCAGGCUCAACAUUGUUGAUAAGUUUGGUCAAGUGAUUCAUCUGCUCAGCCCGGAACCCGUUCCAUACAGGCCUAAGCCGGAGGAGAUACCUCGGGCAUACCCCUGUCUCAGUGACUGGUAUUCCCCCGAGGCGAAGAUCACUGCAACACACAAGACCGUUCCCAACACUGUCGAAGAUGUCCUGGAUGAGAACAAACCACAAUGCGAGUUUGCGCAGGUGCCGCCGCAAAUAGGCCAGCCUGUUCGUCUCAAUGCUCGCUGGGUUCUUCCACAUGAGCCAGAAAUCUCCACUGUCCCGGCCAUGCGGGCAAUAGAGCCAGAGGAGCAUCCACCCUUUUGGAGAGCCGCCAAUGACUGGGACUCUCCCAUAUGGGGUUGGGUGGUUGUCAACUAUGCCAACUACGGUUUGCAAUUCUUCCUCCCUUCGGGAGCAUUUUAUCGUGAAGUGCGUAUCGGCGGACCAAGCGGUGCUCUCGCCUCCCCUGAGUGGCUUCCGUUCAAGGAGCCGGACGAUCCUGACUCGCGAGGCGGACAGGGGGACGGUGGUCAAGCCGCUCGACAGCUUGCGCGCCUGGUAGAGGCCGUGGCAACCCUUCGUGGCUACCUCCCCGCAUUCAUGGCCAUGGUUAACGCUGCAAGUGCAUCAACGGGUACUGCCCCACCGAGUGCGUACUCUGAGUUCAAGAGCGCCUUGAUUGGCAAGCCUCUCGCGCUGGUCAACAUGGGUUGGUCUCUGGAGUUGGCCGAAUUCCAAACAGAGUCUCGUCUCGUCAACGAUGGCAAAGUUGACCGAAAGCUAUACGCUCAACCUGUCACAAGGAAAGCACCCGGGCCGGGCUGUGAGAAGAAUGAUGAGUAUGACGAGGAAUACUAUCGCUUUCCGGUCAAACUGGGUGAUCGGCAACGCGGCUUCGACGGACUGGUCGGGUAUUUCAAACCCAAGCCGACAGCAGAUCUCAAGAUUGGCGAUGCCCUGGAGCUCAGCACAGUGUACACACAUUUCUCACCCACUACCACUCUCUUUGAGAUGGAACUUCAAAAAUUGUCGUCCCGGUCAAGGUCGGAACCAGAAGUUGGCCGAAUCUCUCCAAUUACUCCCGACACCUAUCCGAAGCUGGCUCCUUACUACAUAGACCCAUUCGACGACGAUUCGGGAGAGGGCAUCGAGGCACAGACUUACAGCGAUAUCUCCAACGAGCAGCUCUGCGUCUUUGGCGCCAUUGUCGACCCGUUUUCGCCGGUCCACGCCUGGUCUGGCAUCCUACCCGUGAAGGAUCUUGUCCUGCCGAACUGGACCUGGCAGGGUCCAAUCGAUCAGGUGUCGGCGUUCUUCCAUGCCGGUCCUGUCCUUGUGACUAGCGAUGUCCCAGACUUUGACGCGAAGCAAGAGCUAAAGCAGGGAAAGCUGAUACCCAAAGUCGUCGACAAGAAGCAGCCGGACGAGGCCGUCGCUCUGCCCGGUGGCUCUCUUGGGCAAUGGACUUGGCUACAGCCGUACAUGCCUGAAAAGGAAGGUCGGACCAGUGAAGAGAAUCUAGAACAGUUCAUGCCGUUGUCGGUGGAUUUGGUGGACGAAGCGGCGCGCCUUGAAAGGGGUCCGUACACGCUGUUGGAGGGGUAUCUGCAGAUGGCGUCUGGGGCGGUGAACACCGAUAAGUGA